UAUUAUGUAAGGAAAUAAGAAAGAAAUUAAGUUAAUUGUCGUUGGUGAUGGAGCAAUCGGAAAAACUUGUGCUUUAUAUAGUUAUGUAAAUGAUAAGUUCCCAACUGAAUAUGUUCCUACUAUUUUUGAUAAUACAUUAACCCAAAUUUAAAUUAAUGGAGAAGAAUAUUAAUUAUCAUUAUGGUAGAAUUUUUAUAAAAAUUUAUAGGGAUACAGCAGGAUAAGAAGGUUAUGAAAAUUUAAGGUAAGUCUGUUAUUAAGGAACUGAUAUAUUUCUUGUUUGCUUUUCUAUUAUAAGUAGUGCAAGUUUUGAAAAUGCUUUAAAAAAGGUAAUCUAAAAUAAUUAGAUAUUUUAGUGGCUCCCUGAAAUUUAAGCAUAUUAAAAAAAUGGAAUAAUCAUGUUAUUAGGAUUGAAAAAAGAUUUAAGAGACCCUAAAGAUUCAAAUCACAUUUAAUUCAACGUUGCAGAAUAANUACAAAGCAAAUAAAGACCUACAUGUGCUUAAUUACUUAAUAAUCCUAUUUUAUUAAGGAAUGCUAGAUAAUUCAUUAUAGAAAGUAGAGUUUCAUAAUAAACAUAAUCAUCUCAUGCUGGUUCUAAUAUUCUAUUAUAAACUAUAAAAUUACCAAAAAAUUUAAAGUAAUUAAAAGAGAAAUUACCUAAAUCUAAAUACUUUAUUGAAAGUGUUAAUAAAUCUUAUGAUGAAAGUUAAGCUAAUAGUUCAUUCUUACCAUAAAUAAAUCAUACUAAAGAAAUUAGACCUAAUUGUUCUGUUCCACCUUUAAAGAGUGAUAGAUAUCAAUAAUAAUAAUAAAUAUAAUAGAAUUCAUUACAUGAAGAAAGAUCAAAAUCUAUUGUUAAUUCAGUUCAAUUAUUAGAGAUGGAAAGAAUAAGAUAAAAGAAACUAUUAGAAAAAUAAUAAAAUUUAAAAAUUAGCAUCAUUCAUUAAAAUGCUGUUCCUUAUAUUAAUAGUUCUUCAUCUUAAAUUUAAAAUCUGUAUGCUAACAAAUAACACAAUAUUAGAGAUGCUCAAAAAUAAUUUAUAGAAGCACCUAAGCCAAUAUGGUGGGGUUGA